AUGGAAUUGCGAUUCACAUACACAGGAAAUAUCAUUUCACUUAGCUUUCAUGAAGAAGACACUGUUUGGUCGGCAAAAGUAAAAUUAGGCCAGGAAAUAGGAAUUUCAGCAGAUCAAAUCAAGCUUCUGUAUAAAGGGUCAUUGUCGAACGAAUCCAAGUUGCAGGAUGUUGUCAAAGUUAAUGCAAAGGUUAUGGUCAUUGUAAACAAAAAUGCAAACGUAGUCAAUGAGACUAUAUCGCAACUCAACUCUCCUAGAAAAAAUGCCGCCAGUUCAUAUGCUUUGAAACCAAAGAAACCUCGGACGACCCCUAAAGAAGCGUCCCCGUAUACAUUCAAUCAAUUCCAAGUGCUUAAUUAUCCUUUUAAAGAAAGAGCCUUGAAAUAUUUGGAACGCCUUCGGGAUGAUGCUGGUAUCCAACGAAUUAUGAAUUCACGUCAGUGGACAGUCCCUCUGCUUUCUGAAAUGGACCCAGCAGAGCAUACCCAACAUGAUUCAAAAACUUUGGGUUUAAACCAUAACCAUGGUGCCCAUAUUGAACUUCGAUUGCGGACAGAUCGAUACGAUGGAUUUCGAGACUAUAAGACAGUGAAAAGCACCCUCAUUCACGAGUUGUCACACAAUGUCCAUGGAGAACAUGAUGCUUCGUUCUGGGAGCUUUUCCGACAACUUACCAAAGAAGCAGACGCCGCUGAUCUUUUGUCAAAACCAGGCAGUUAUGUGAGUGAACAAGCAACUUAUAUUCCUAAAAGCAAUACUACUGAUGAAGAUCAAAGAAACCACAACAGAGAUUUGUUAUUAGCUGCCGCUGAAAAAAGAAAAAACACAAGUAAAUGA